UCGGCGCCCCACCGCGGACGAUAACGAACAUUCCAAUUUCGAAUUUCAAACUUGAACCGCGAUGCUUCGAUAGACGUUCCAAAUACGAAUUCAAAUUUUUUGUGGCUGCUUUUUUAAUUCAUCUUUUUUUUCUACUGCCACUUCUGUGCUGUGACUAAAAAGUUUUAAUGCAAUUUGAAAAUUAGUGCAAGUGCAAUGCUUCAGCCAAGAUUAUUUGGAAGUGCCAGUGACAGAAUGGGGGGCAAAAGGAACUGUGUUGGGGCUUGGAGUCUUGUUUUCGUCGCGGUUUUUCUGGCUACAGUGACAUGUCAAGAUGUCAAUAAUGAUGAACUAAUAGAAGCAACGAGGAUAAAGCGAGAAGGAGUCCCGGAAAACAGGGCCUUCAACACAAACGCUAUAGUCUAUGAUAACACCCCGUGGAGACCAGGGAGGGACAUGCCGGUAGAUGAGAAGCCAAGUUCUGAAGAAGAUGAGCGGAGACUCAAGAACUUGGCAACGAAGGUCAUGUCCAAUGGAGUGGAAGUGCUGGUUAAGGAUAAAAACCCUGACGGAAAACUGGACCAGCGAAAACUUAAGCUCAUGCACCUUCCUUCACCAUCGUAUCACCACGUCAGCUCAUCAUCACCACCCAAACAGACAUUGCUAUCGUCUGCUGUAGCGACAGUUGUCAACCGACAACAAAUAAGCGCACUCUUCCCACUGCACCAGCUUAUGCAGCAUAACUAUAUCAUCAAGACUUGCAUGACCACAUACACGUAUCUGACCACAGUGGUCCAGAACAAAAGAAGUGCUAUAUCUACAUUCGAAACGAUAGUGUCAGUUGUAACCACAGAAUCUCUGACGAAUUUGUACGCAUCAGACAUUUUAGCUGAGCUUAAGCCAACAAAAACCAAAUACAUGGAGGUGAAAACAAUCCAGUCAUCGGUCCCCAGCAGUAUGUUCAUAAAUAACUUCCCUAAAAUCGAUAAAAGGAUAGAUAAUGAGGACCUUGACAACUUCGAUUUGAUACAACCCUCAGAGGUCGGCCAUGCUCCUUGCACGACCACCUCAUGCUCAUGCAGUCAUACCAAAACUGAAGGACUCAAAACGAAAUACACUCAAAUCGAUGCUUCAGCACCCUCAAAAUACGGACUUAAGACUUCAAAGUAUGGAUCAACGAAGUUCGACUUAAGACCCACCCAUAAAGAAACUUUGGACAAGAAAACUAAAUACGGUCCGUAUGAAUACGAAAGUAAUCAGCAAGCGCCUACUGAUAAAAUUGUAGAGAAAUACACUGAAGUUAUUAAUGACUACUCGGAUGAGAAAGACACAAGUUCCGUAGAAGAAAGCGAACUAUUAACAAACGAGCAGGCACCAAAUCCGCCGAAAAACAAAGUGUCUAAUAACAAGAACCCAGAGAAAACUAAGCCUGAAAAACCACAAAAACCCAAUAAAAACAAAUUCGUUGUAGCAGAUCUUCUGAAACUUGGGAGCUUAGGAAUCAAAAGCCUGUCACAGUUAGCGCCUGUCAUCGAAAAAAUGACUGGUGGUUUCAUAAAGCGACAAGACACUAACAAAACAACCUCAACCACAACAACCACUGUAAAACCAGCUGUAAAACUUACCGCAUACAAUGUUAACAAACGAGUCGACACUGACGUUGAGAUGAAACCUAAUAACUUUCCCAUUUACAUUCCUGUUGAUGAGCUAGAAACGUCUGAGUCGCAGAUGAUCUUCACAAAUGCUACUUUGCAUCAGAAUCUGGCGUGGGCAGCUGAACACAAGCAACCUAAAGCCCACAUAGUCCCACCUAAAAUAGUUCACGAAAGUCCACUUGUCAACGGCGGCAUACCUAUUAGUCCCGGUGAAAUAAUCACGGCCAACUCAGAUGUCAUAGUCGGAAAGCCAGCCGUGGGCGGGCCAUUAACCUUGGCCGCGAGUGGAAUCAAGUUACAAAACCCGGUGAGCCCACCUAUCGACAGUUUUGUUGCUGGCAAUGAGGAGUACUUGAUCAGAGACAAAGCUCCUUACAACGAGCAGUCUUUAUUAGCCACUAAAGUCGACGACUCGUUUGAUCUAAGGCCACCGCAAUUACCGAAGGUAAAAUCCAAACCAAAUAGAAUGCCGAGACCCACUCAACCUCCACAUGUUCAUCAAAAUCUCUUGUCACCCAAUCAUGCACCUCACCGGAAUCCUUCAACAAAUGUACCGCAAAAUGACGUUUUGAUGAAAACAGAACACAUAAAAAAUACAAACACAAUUUUAGGUAAUCAUGGUCGGCCAGCUUUCCUAGAUUACAUUCCUUCUCUAGGAAACCCUACACCUUCUUCUAUAAAACAUCACGUCGACUUUUCAACUUUGAAUGAAGAUGAAGAGAUUCCAGAUAAUAACCCAAGUUCGUCUGAAAUCAUUAACACUAGAAUAAGAACUGACGGUGAUUACGGCAUUAAUAGUAAUACUGAUUCAAGUAAGCCGUUCUUAGUUGACAUUCAGCCUUCACGAGUUGCCAACGUUUUGAUACCUCAUGGAAGUUCCACGGCCUUAGUAUUUGCUGGCUCAUCGGAACCACAUAAGACUGGAGAUUAUGUAGAUGAUCCAUUACCUUAUCCAGAGCCUGGAUACUUCGGCAGCUUCAGUAUAGACGCACCACAGAUGACAAACGUGCAUAAUGUGGCUCCAAGUAAUAACAAACAGUUCUUGCCAACGCCUGAAAUUCAAUCACCUAUGAAUUCUUACAAGCCUUCGUCACCACAGUACAAAGAUCAGCCACCCAGAAAUGAUUUGAAAAUUAAAUGGAAAGAAACAAAACGCCCGUAUGAAUUUAAAAUUCCACCACCUACUAGUAACCAAGAAACACACGUGCAAGUUGGUCCUCAAAUAACCGCGUAUAAUCCAGAUAUCUAUCGUCAUAAUGACGGAAACUUUGAGAAAUACAAUCAUGUAAGGGGUGGCGACAAACCAAAGAAUGGUAAAGACGUCAUUGACAAAGAAUACGAAAACUAUUUAGCUGUGCCACCGCCUCCACCUCCAAAGAUGCAUUUCAAUUCUGAAUCUAUGUACGAGAAAAAUAAACCUCAUCUGCAAAGGCCGGUUGUCCACACAAAACCGGUGCAAGAUAUGAAACUAUUCUUGAACAUUCAACACCCUGUGCCUGUCACGCCCAAACAUGAACAGUUGCCUCCGAAAGUCACAUCUGAGAUCUAUUUCGCUUCACAGUCUCCUAAUAAUAAACCGUCUCCGACAUACACUAUUCAUAUUCCGCCAGCACAAGGCUCUCACUAUUCUGGAAAUUCUUAUGACUCGUCAAAGAAUGUGCAAGUAAAUAAAAACCCCAAUCCUAGUCAUAAUUCAUUCUCAGUAUACCCAUCUCCAAAUGUCGCAAAUAAGUCAAUACUAACCAAUGAAAUACACGAUAAAGAUAAUACGUAUACCGUCACUUUAAAUACUGCCACAAAUGUCGCUAGCAACGUAGGCGACAGUGGCCAAGUAAUAGGCUCGAGUGUACCUGUUCCUGUUGGUGUUUCAACAAACGUUGGCCAAAUGAAUACAGACAUCCCUAUUGGCACAAACUUCGCUAUUAGAGUGGAAGACGGCCCUUCACCUUUUGAAAGUUACGAUCUACAUGAAAAGCCAAGCCCUGCAGUCAUAUACAAUGAUCGUCCUCAUUCUCAUAUUGAAGUCACAGUUGGAGACAACAGAUGGAAUAAAAGUACAACUCAUGAUACUGACUCAAAAUAUUACUCAACUGUACAGAAUAUUAAUGUGCAUAAGCCAGCGCCACCCAGAAAUCCUCCUAAGAAGAUUGAAAACCAGUCAAUACCACCUUCUUUGAACAGUCACGCUAAUUUCCCAAUGGUAAAUGAAUUCACAACACCAAAUAGUGUAAAUGAGGAUGUUAAACCUGUGACGGAGUACAUAGAUGAUAUAAAAAUAAGUAGUCAACAAAGGCCAGCCAAAUUAAUUCCAAAUAUACCUACUAAUUCCCACGGUUGGUAUUCUAGUGGUCUAAUAAAUGAGAAUACUUUAAGUAACAUUAACAAUAUCAAAGUCGAAGCAACAACACGAAAAGUUAUACCAGUAUCACAAGAUUACAAUAAAGAUAGUAUUCCCGACUUCGGACAGAAAAUUUCUAGUGUUGGUAAACCUCCUUCAGAAUUUUGGCCACAAAAUGGAGCACCAGCUCUGGUAAGCUUUAAUCUUGGAAAACCAUUCUCAAAACCUUCAACUGAAAGACCACAGUAUGUGGAUAUUCCUUCUAGAACAACAAAGCCGUUCAGUAUUAAUAAUUACAACCCAACUUAUAUAUCAAACUUUGAUUCUGUAAGACAACCGGCUUAUGACAUACCAGUAAGAGACAAUAGUGACGAAACAACUACAGCUAAGACUGUUAGAGUUUCAACUGAAAGACCAAAGCCAGUUUAUGAAAACUCAGAAGAAAUAUACGACGGCGAGGAAGAGACUGAAUCACAUAGCGAAGCUGACGGUGAAGUUAGUUUGGAAUCAAUGAAGAUACCUGUCGUUAGCUCUUCUAGUGAAAUAGAAACUAAUGCAAAAUCAUCUACAGAAAUCACACUCCUUCAAGAUGAAGUACUUAAUUCCCAAAAAGAUAACUCAAACAAAAAUGUCGGAUUCGUACAGUUUAACCCUGGCACGCAAACUGAAAAACCUUUUGGAACAUUUAAUAAAUCGAAACCCUUCCAAUCAAAUACUAUUAAACCAAUUUACGAAAAUCCUCACUAUCAAAGUCAAAAACCACGGCCGUUUACAAUCAACAGUGCUACAACAUUGGAUCACCAAUUGCAACAGCCUCACUGGCAGAUAAAUCAACUGAUGGAAAACUCUACGAAUAUGUCGUAUGAAGAAAACCUUGAAUUGAAUUUAGGUGAAGAAUUAAGCACUGCAGCGUCUUCAACAAAACGACCGCCUUCGACGCAGAGGAUUCCACCUUAUAGGCACACACCACCUGAAUCAAAAUACAAACGACCACCAAGACCUAUUUUCUCAAGACCGAACAAUGUGUCAGCAGUAAAUGACACAAAUUCAAACAUAAUAACAUCUACCGUUCACAUUAAAAACAAGAAACCUCUAAUAGUGGAAAAGGGUACCGAAAGGCCUCUAUCACCGACAUACACAAUAACAAGUACUUCAGACUUCAAUAGAUCAUCCAGUGAAAUAAUUGACUUGUCUCCUCCUCCACCAACGAUGGAUUAUAACUUCAAGCCAUCGACCAAUGAUGAGAUGAUAAUGGGUAUGAGUCCACCACCGCCUAUGACUCCACCAGCCAUAAGACCUCCUACCAGAGCUCCAGUUACUCCCCGUCCUAUUCCUGUCAGAACACCUCCACAAUACAGACCGACAAAGCCUCCACGAACAAUGCCUCCUAGAAUACCAAUGACACAAAGACCAUUAAGAAAACCCAUCAACAGAGAUGAAGUAUCUACGUACCGACCUAGCUAUGACAUUUUGAAAAAUAUGCAUCGACCAUCUAUUAUUCGUGAUCAACCUUCUUCUCAACUACUUCCUCCUCCACGAGAGAUACCUUCCAGAGUUGUCAACACUGUAAAUGAAAUCCCUGUACCUACAGCUAGUCUAGCUUCAGUGCCAAACCUAGUUUUCCCAACGCCGAUAUCAUCUGGUUGGCUAACAUCAUCUGGAAUAGAUUUCUCGUCUAGUUUCAACUUUGGUCCUACUCCGAUUCAGUUCCCUGAAGUUAUCGAACCAUCUAGAGCUCCUGAGGUUAUAAACGAACCUUCAUCAUCAGAGAAUUCAUAUUCAUAUGAAACUGAAUCAUCAUCAGAACACGUCGAAGUUACAAGUUCUGAAAAACCUGUGACCGAAGAUAGAGUAUUUACAACAACGAAAGAAUCAAGCGUAGAAUCUAUUACACAAAAGGUUACUUCAAGUAACGAGGAAAAUAUUAGCGAUUCUGUAGCCAAUGAGUCUAGUCAGGAAGAUCAAACCACCGAUCGAAUGAAAGUAGUCCCGAUCGUUAACAAUUAUAGAAAUAGGACUCGAAAACCAUACCCAGUUCGUAAUGAGGACAGAAAAACUUCAACUAGCAAAUAUAGACUACCGAAACCAACGUCAAUAAUAACGCCUACUAGGACAUUCAGUCGUCCAGAAAUCUUGUAUCCAACUAGGCAUACUUCGAUACGUAAAAUAGUAAGACCAAUACCUUCGCGAUCAUCCCCUGAACCAGUUGUAGAUAUUGAACCAACACACAUUAUAGAAAGCUCUAAAACAUUCAUAGACGAACAUAUUAUAAAACCAACGACAGUGCUGGAAGACUCUGUAUUGCCUAGUGUAUCAUUGCUUGGCAGCAGUAGUCUAGGGGAUCGCCCAAUAUCAAGUAUAGUUACACCAAGCUUAGACGAUGUGCCAGUAAACGUUAAACCCACUCACCACGCUGGUAAUGAAGUUAAAAUAUCUGACGAAGCAGUACCGACUAAGACUGAGUUUAGGACUGCAGUGAUUACUUUGACUAAGACGCUAUCUGAGUCACCAAAGACGAUUUCAAGCAUAAAUUACGUAAACUUGACUCACACUUUGACAGUAACGCAUACAGAAACAAGUCUUGUCAGUCAAUCAGAAGGAGCUAUUACACAAACAUUAGUGCUUACUAACACACACACGUCUACGAUAGUUGAUGUUGUGACAGAAACUCACACGCAGGUUCAGCCAACGACUAUUAUAGAGACCGUGACGAAACACAUUCCCAUUGUCCAAGUUACUCCUACAUCAGUGAAAGAAGCACCGGCUAAGACUCAAAUACCUUUGGACGACAUUUCUAUGUCCUACGAAGAUAAUGACAAUCUCAUCAUUAAAGACAAGGAUACAACAGAAAACAUUAUUCAGAAGAUUGAAUCUGAAAGCGAAGGGGACAACGACACCUUCUUUGUUGUGAUGAAUAAGUCACAAAAUGGUGGGCAAGCGCCUCCGGUAAAUACUGAAAUUGAGCUGGGAGAUUACGAUGGAGUGACCAGAAAUGAGCAAGUUAACAGUAACGGCGUCUCGCAAGUUCUAUUCGGUGAUAUCUUUUUGGCUGGAACUCCUUAUUUGGAGACCAAAAACGUUGUUGAUACUCCAGGUGUAGCUUAUGGUAAGGAAUGUCAGCCAGACUGCAAGGCGUCUCGCAAUGAGCGUUGCCAGAGAAUAGAUGGAAUUAUGAAGUGUGUAUGCCGACCAGGUUUUGCUAGAAUGUUCCCGGAUAGACCAUGUAAACCAACAUACACCUACUCAGUGAAACUGGCCCUCGGUUCCCAAGGGAAUGAGCGUCUCAAAUUCCACGAGAAUCUCUCCGACAACUCCAGCAAGCAGUACCAUGCUCUGGCUAUGGCCACCCAUGAGGGUAUCAACAGGAUGGUCAUGCAAUCAGACCUCAGAGACGUGUACCAUGGGGUUCACAUCACAGGUUUCCAUCCAGUGCAGAUCAAGGAAGACGAUGGAAAAAUGUACCAAGGCGUGAUGAACGACUUCUAUGUACAGCUUUCCGAUAAUGCUCACGAAAGCCGUCUGAAGGAGGUCAUCGAGAAGUACCUGCGAAACAACAACUACAGCCUAGGAGGGACCGACGUCCACGCUGCCUCUGACCUGGUGGACAGACUGGAUGUCAGUGACUUCGACGAGUGCACCAGCGGGCAGUUCCACGACUGUUCCGAGCAUGCGCAGUGCUUCAACCUGCGCGGGACCUACACCUGCAGCUGUCUCGAAGGCUUCGCUGAUCUCAGCGUCAACACUUUGUACCCUGGAAGGAUCUGUUCUGCCGAGCCGGUGGGCUGCGAGCGCUGCAACUACCACGGCGCGUGCUACUCGCGCGACGACCGCCGCGUGCUGUGCGAGUGCUUCCAGUGGUAUGCCGGCAGCUCGUGCCAGAUCAACCUCAAGGUGGUGCUGAUCUCCCUGGUGGUAGCGGGAGCCUUGCUAUCAGUGGUGCUGGCAGCGUGUGCAGUGGUAGCGUGCAGUCGCCCGCGCAGGCAGCCGCGCUCCAUCGUCGCUUGUAUACAGAGCAUGCCGAGUUUGCACCAGGGAGCCAUGCCAUCAAAACAAAGAGCAGAUAGAAGAGCCCUGAUCAGCGAGAGGCCGGAGUCUGGUGACGCGUCUAGCGUUCAGAAUGCGUCUCUACCCUACAUGCCCACAAAGCAGCGAGGGUCAGGCAAGAAGUGCGUGAUGUCCGAGCCGCCCGCGCACGAAGCGCCCCCGCCCCCCGCGCCCGCCGUCAUGAUCCCGCGGGCGCGGCUACACCCCCACCACCAAGACAGCCGAGAGAAUAUUUCAAAGAAGCUUAGCCUAGAACUGAGUAGCGAGGCGAAGCUGAUCAGCUACUUGGAGUCAGGAGCUGUCAACAAUGAUGAUGAGAUGAGAAGGAAGCAUAGUAUGGAAUCUUCUUACAGCGCGAAUAAGGACAGGCAUAAUAAACAAGGAGCGCUAGUAUCAGCUGGAUUCAAAGUGUCGACGACCAUCAGGCCUGAUGAGGCCAUCAACAUCAAAGAAGAUAGGGACGACCUGUCGUCAGUACACAAGGCGGACCUCGAAGCGGACUUAGCAAGAUUCGAUUCCCUGCGGAAAUCUUACAGUCAAGAAGACAUUUCGGAAUGGACGGAUGCUGAGAGAAGAAUUGGUGAACUGACUCUAUCAGAGGCUCGUUCGAUUGGAGGAACGUUACCUGCUAGCACAGGGAGAGCUGCAUCGUCUACUCGUCUUACACAUCAGGAGGCCAACACCAUGGCUGAGCGAGACCUUGGAUCCACUUUCCUCCUGCCGCACGUGCACCUCUAUAAACCGGACCUUACGAGUGAUGUUUCAGAGUUCGAUUCAUUGUGAGGGCUUUUCAAGAGUCAGUCACAGUAUUUUCAAGCACUGAUUAUUUUCUAUGACUUUACUUAUUUUUACCCUAUGAGGCGUUACUUUACCACCAAAGUGAAGACUUAUUUAUUAACUAUUUAUUCUUAUUUAUUAUCUUACUUUAAAUCCAUUGUUGAUUUUGAUUGUUAACUUCUAACAGAAUGAAUGGAAAUAAAUAUCGAAAUGCCAUAGUAAAUGUAAGGAAUUAGAUGUAAGAUAUUAAAGGGUUAAGUGAAAAUAAUUUGAAUGGGAAAUCAUAAAAUCAAAUGUUAGAUAGUUUUAUGAUGUUGAUUUCUCAUUUGAAGCAUUUUCAUUAAUAAAUUAGUGUUUUGAAAUUUUGUGCAACUUUUAGUGCCAAUAUUCAUGACUAUUUACAAAUGUAUAAGAAUUUAUAAUAUUGUUUAAAAAUGUAAAUGUAUGGCAUCGAAAUGAUAAUUUUAAGUUUUAAACGUUCUUUUGCAAACUUAUGUUAAUAAUUUGUAUAUGAAUUGUUUGUAAUUUCAGUAUUGAUAUUUUGUUACGUUUUUAUGAUAGCAAAAACUAGAUUUCACGUUAUAAACAAUUAGAGAAUAUUAUUAUUUCAAAAUACUCUGCCUGUGAAAUUUUGUAUUAUUUUUACUUUUGUAACAAUGAAAUAUAUUUUGUUAAUAAAAUAUGUUAAUUUUAAA